AUGGUUGCGUGCUUACCGGUGAUGCAGUUACCCGUCGUAUCAGCCGGCGUCCCCGUGCAUUCAUCGCAGACGGCCGCGAUGGAAGCGAUAGCUGCCACGUGGGCUAGCGCUACGGCCUCGUGGGUGUCUGGGGAGAAUUGUGACACGUGGCUGGGUGUGGUGUGCGACGUCGACGGCUACGUGACGCAGCUUGACCUCAGCGAUCAAGAUUUGGAGGGAACGAUUCCCGUGGCUUCGAUUGCCUCGCUAGUCACAUUAGAAGAACUCAAGCUGCACGACAACUCAAUCGAGGAUGAAUUACCAGCCGGCUUUGGCUCACUGACUGCGCUCAGCAUACUGACUCUGGGUCGCAAUGAAAUCACCGGCUCCAUCCCCACUGGCUACUCCCAGCUGCAGAAGCUCAGAUUUCUUCUCCUCAGUGACAACCGCCUUGCAGGGCAGGUGCCAUCGGAACUUGGAGCUCUCACUGACCUUGAAGCCCUCGACCUGAGCAAGAAUUGGCUGUCUGGCAGCAUACCCAAAGAGGUCAUCGCUCUUCCCAACCUCAUUUACUUUGACAUAUCCAAUAACGAGUUCUCAGGCCCCCCACCCACGGGAUUUGCCAGCACCUCCUUUCAGUCCACCUCUGAGGCCACAUACAACAUCGAGAGAAACUAUUUCAACGGCUCGGCCAAAGUCAAGAUCACAGCGGGCAGCGGAACAAUUUCUUUCUGCCCGAAUGCACUCCAAGGGGGAUUCGCCCAAUCAUCACUUCUGGCCUACAGCCCAUCUCUGUAUGGGUCUCCCCUCACGAAUUUCAACAAGUACUUUCGUUAUCCUCUUGUCAAUUUCAACAAGUACUUUCGCUACGUGAGCCUGGGAUACAGUGGCACAGCCACAAAGCCUGCAUGGACGUACAAGACUGCGGUGGACUGGCGCACGCAGGUUGUCAGCAGGCAGAAACGGACCGUCGUGGGGCCCACGGUCGACCAGGGCACGUGCGCCGCGUGUUGGGCUCUAGUACCGGUGGCAGCGAUCGAGGCAGCCUAUGCCAUAGCGUUCGGGUCAAACCAACCCAACAUAUCGGGGCAGCACAUUCUCAACUGCCAGGGCACGUGGGAGUGCGUGGGGGGGCUUCCUUCCGACGCCUUCCAGUUCGCUGCCUUGGGGGGAGUGCUGCCUGAGUUCGUAGUGCCGUACACGGGCACCAAGGAUGCAUCCAGCUGUGGGGGCACGUGGGAGUGUGCGGACGGCCUUCCUUCCGACGCCUUCCAGUUCGCUGCCUCGGGGGGAGUGCUGCCUGAAUUCGUCGUGCUGUACUCGGGCACGAAAGAUGCCUCCAGCUGUGGGGUGAGUUGGGAUGCUAGAGUGGGAAAGGGGAGCGAAGGGGCACCUGGGGUGGUGCCUGAAUUCGUCGUGCUGUACUCGAGCACGAAAGAUGCCUCCAGCUGUGGGGUGAGUUAUAGCGGAGUUGAGUGUGUUGGAGAGGAGUGUGAGAGUACAGCUGUAGGGCUCGCUGCCUCAGCGUGGAGUGCUGCCGGAGUUCCAAGUGCCGCACACGGGCUCGAAAGAUGCAUCUAG